AUGAGUGAUAAUUCGAAUAACGUAUCGUCUAUAAUAAAUGUUCUAUCAAAUUUAUCAUCAUCUCCUACACAAUCCUUAAAAUCAAUAGUUCCACUAUUAACGCCUCCUAUAACACCUCCAAUCUUAAUUAAAAGACCAAAUCCUGAAAAUACAUUAUCAUCACUUCCACCGGAAAUAUUAUUAAAAAUAUUUGGAUAUCUUCGUAUCCAUUUGGCUGAAGAAUCAUAUGAAGACAUAUUAAAUGCAUCAUUGGUAUGUCGAAGAUGGCAUAAUUGUUCUGUAACAAUAUUGUGGAAUAAAGUUGAUAUUAGAAGGAAAAGCAAAUGGUUUUUGAUUCGUAACUAUAUACCAAAGUACGGCCAUUUAAUUAAUUCAAUAUCAUUAUUUUGGGUAGGAUUAGAUAAUAAAGAUAAACAGACGUUAUUAAAAUAUUGUAGAUAUAUUAAAAUACUAUCAUUGGUUAAAUGUAGAAAUUUAGAUAAAGAUUUUUUAUGCGGAUUAGUUAAAUUAAAUCAAGAAACAUUGAGAUCAUUUACAAUUUGGGGACCUGGUGUUUAUGAAUCUUUGGCUACGGAGAUAACGGAUGACUUGUUAUUACCGAUGUUAAAUUAUUGUAAAAAAUUAAAAGAAUUAAAAAUUCAAGCAGCCGCGAUUACUGAUAAAUUACUUAUUAAUAUAGCAAAUUCAACAAGCAAUCAUAAUAAUAUUUGGUCAGAAUUAAAUUUGAUUGAUUUAUCUGAAUGUGGUAAGAUAACUGCUGGUGGCAUAGCUGAAUUAUUUAAUCCAAAUAUUUUUCCUAAAUUAUUUAAUUUACGUUUACAGUAUCAUGAAGAAAAUGAUUUAGAUGUAGAUUUUUUUGAUUUUUUGGCGAAAAGCUUUCCUAAACUUAAAUUUUAUUUGGUGAUAAUUGAUUGGUAUUUAGAGACAAAUCCUUUUAAUGGUACGAGAUAUGUGAAAGUAAGUGAUGAUUUACAAGCAUUAAGUAAACGUAGACAUAAUAUUAUUUUGGAAACUUUAAUAUCUGGUAGGCAAUGGUGA